CUCACGGCUACAGCUAGUCCGGAAGGUCUCCGUACCCUGCGCCGCCCUGAGGGGUGUGCUGUCCGACUGGCCAUGGACGAUACCCUGUUCCAGUUGAAGUUCACAGCAAAGCAGCUGGAGAAACUAGCCAAGAAGGCAGAGAAGGACUCCAAGGCUGAGCAGGCCAAAGUGAAGAAGGCCCUUCAGCAGAAAAAUGUGGAGUGUGCCCGUGUGUAUGCUGAAAACGCCAUCCGCAAGAAGAAUGAAGGCGUAAACUGGCUCCGGAUGGCAUCCCGUGUGGACGCAGUGGCCUCCAAGGUGCAGACAGCUGUGACCAUGAAGGGGGUGACCAAGAACAUGGCUCAGGUGACCAAAGCUCUGGACAAGGCCCUGAGUGCCAUGGACCUUCAGAAGGUGUCUGCAGUGAUGGACAGGUUUGAGCAGCAGGUGCAGAACCUGGAUGUGCACACAUCGGUGAUGGAGGAUUCUGUGAGCUCUGCCACUACACUGACCACACCUCAGGAGCAGGUCGACAGCCUCAUCGUUCAGAUUGCUGAGGAGAAUGGCCUGGAGGUCCUUGACCAACUCAGCCAGCUUCCGGAGGGAGCCUCUGCCGUGGGCGAAAGCUCUGUGCGCAGCCAAGAGGACCAACUGUCUCGGAGGUUGGCUGCCCUGAGGAAUUAGCACGUUGUUGGCAGGUGCUGCCUCCAUCGCCCUGAGAUGUCCUGGAGGCUUCCGCCCGGCUGCACUCCACUUCCUCCAACCCUUCAUAGCUGCCUUGCCUUUCCCAACCUGUCAGGCUGGCGCCUUAGGACAUCAGGCAGCGAGUCUCUGUCCUGGCAUUGAAUUUGCACAAGUGUGUGGUGACUUAUGUGAGUGUAGGCCACAGCUGGAGGAUGGCAAGCUCUCUUUUGUCCUUUGCCUAUGUGGAGUUGACAGGGUUUGACCUGCAGAUGUGUGUGGACUUCAGCCCAGUGCUUUGGGGCCUUCGGAUUCCAGCGACCGCACACCUGCUAUGUGCUGUGGCCAGCGAGGGUCAGAGCUAUCCCUCCUUUGCCAGGCAACUCUUGGGAGCCUCUCCCCCUCCUCUGCAGACAGGAAAUCCCAUUGUGUGAGAGCCCUUAGUAGGUUCCUGUGAACUUUGUGUACCAAGGUGUCCAGUGCCACUGACACUGACCUGGGGCCUUUACAAAUGGUAACUCUCCUCCAUCUUCCCAGGGCUGCAGGCUUGGCGUCCACUGCCGGCUUGGGCUUUCGUCCCUCAGCUCUCUUUCCCAGCCCACAGGAACAGAACUGCCAUCCAAUUUCAAGUCCAGGUCCUUCCUAAGAGAUUCUUAAACUGAAUUCUGCAGCUGCCUCUGGAAGAACUCUGGCCCCUGGAGCUGAGCUUGUCUGCCUCAUGCUGACCGGCCCUCUGCCGUCAGCCUCCCAGGCCUUUUUAGAGCGGCUCAUUCCUGAUUGUCUGGCUCUCCUGUCCUUUUAGACAAAGGCUGCUGCUUUCUGCCUUCUCCAAGGGAGAGUCACGGUGGCUAACAAAGGGAGCCUGAGUCAGUCACUCUGGCUGCUGGCAGCAAACGCUUACAUCCUUCCGCAGUGAGGAAGCUGGCGGCAAGCAGGCAGUGCGGCUGACUGGGCAGCCUUGAGACUCUGUACAGGCUGCUGUUUUAUUUUUCUGUCUCCUGAAGUUUACUCAUGUUCUUAAAACUCCUGGUGAUUUUGUUCUUUUGCCAAAGUAGUAAGCACAGUGGAGGGGUGUGUUCAUCCCAGCCCUCUGUAGGCUGAGCAGUGCCGCUGCCCACAGGUUUGCACGCCUUGGAGACAACCUGUGUUUGGCUGCUUCUGUUCUGCACUUGCAGCCCCUGGGUACCCCAUAUUACACGUUGGUGUUAAAGGCAGGGGCUGGAAUUGUUGGUCCUGGAUGUGGGGACCAAGGUACAAUCUAACCAUGGGCCCCUGCAAGGCUUCCUGAAAUCAACUUACAGGUUAGGUGUAGUUCCCUGGGUCCUAGAGGGUGCAGGAUUUGUAGGGAUGGGGAAGCUGGGCUGGGUUCAUCAAAAUGGGCAUAUCUGCCUUUAGAAUGUUGUCGUAAGUAAAUAAAGGGAUUGGUGGAGAACGUC